GGACGCCACAGAAGCGGGACGGUAUCGAUCUCAGCCGAGGUUCUGCUUUCAAAAGUGGCAAGGAUUCUUUAUUCAGAGAAGCUGAUGCUCAACAGGUUCUGGCUCUUCGUGAUAGUGUUUGUAUGGGAGGAGCAGGCAACUAGAGCUCUGUGAAAUGUUUGGUGAUGGCAGACCAAUCGAUGCUGAUGAACAGCGAGCAGCCCGAAAAUGGGAUUGGUUUUCCCAUGCAAUCCGCUAACAACAUGGCCUUUACCAAUGGACAAGAUAUGCAGCAAGGAAAAAUGCUCCCUAACGUAAAUCCGUUUGGCUACCCCAUGUUUGGUGUUGGUGCACCUGGAGAUAUGUCUACUGCUCAUCUCUCAAACCCAGGUUCGCAGAUGCUGCAGGGUAGUGGUACUGCAGCCGGUGCUGGUGGCAGCGGCGUAGGUGGUGCUGGCGCUCCCAAUGCAUGGCCGACUGGAAUGGGGCAGCAAUCUAUGAUGAUGCCACAACAACAUGGUGGGCAGGCCGUUCCACCAUUCAUGAUGAACCGGCCAUCAUUUCCACCGCCAGUAGGUCCCAUGCAUAUGCCACCCAACAUGCCUGGUGGCAUCAUGCCAUCUGCCAAUCCACAAAUGAAUCCUAGCAUUGGACCGAUGGGCAUGGGCUCCUUUCCUAACUUUCCUGCCUGGCCCAACGGACCUCAGCCACACGAUCCUACAACCUGGGGCCAGUCAUCCACAGUUGGUAGCAACUCGCCCGCUCUGAAAGCAGCAGGCAUGGGUUUGCCGCCCGCUGCUUCUGGCAACGCUAUGGGUGCGUCCAAUUCUACUAUGCCAACUCCAUCACUGCCUGAUUUGGGUGGUGAUGUGGGCUUACCGCCAACAGAGGACAAGUCACGGCCAUCUACAGCUGAAAGUGGAGUGAGGGUUAAUGGUGAGAUCCCCGGCACUCCUGCCGCUGCUGGUCACCAGGGCUUGCCGUCGCACUUCAAUGCAAUGAUGACGCCUGGCGCUCAGCCCAGUGUUGGUGCCACAACUGCUGCUGCUGCCGGUGGUGGUGCGUCAUCAGAUGUGUCAGAACAAAAGAUGUAUCCUAACCGUUCCUUACUUGGCCAAGAUGGCAUGAUGAACACCAACGCUGGCGCCCUGGCACCUGCGUUCGCGGCUGGUCAGCACCCUAGCACAGUGGCCCUGACUACUCAGCAUGCAACUGUUCCCAUGCAUCCCGAUGUGCACAGGCAUUCGAUGGCUACGGCAAACUCACCUGUCGUCAAUCCCCUCAUGCAUCCUGGUAUGAUGUACCAGAAUCAAAUGUUUCCAAGAAUGCCCAUGGACAACAUGCUCCCUCAGCAACCUCAUCCACCGCCAACACAGCAGCUACCACAUGCAGCCUCCCCAUUCCCCGGUAAUGCGGGAACUGGAUUAGGGACUCCUUCGACUCCCCUGCCACCAGCCGCCAGCUCUGCGUCAGCCCCUGCGCCCACAGCAGCAUCUCGUGACACUGGUACUCCGGCUGGAAACAGCAGAUGUCCCAAGAAUAUAUCUGAAGUGCUACAGCCACUCUAUGAGCUUGGUGAUGAACCGGGGCGCAAGGAGAUGCUCGAUAAGCUGGUGGAGCUGUCUCGCGACACCGGUACACCAACACUGUACGUGCCGACGCUGUCAAGUGAUCAUACCCACGUUGAUCUCUAUCGUCUGUACGAGGUUAUCAAGGGCAUGGGUGGACUGUGCACGGUCGUGCGCAAGAAGGUGUGGCGUCGGGUCAUUGAGGGCAUGGGUAUGCCGUCACCAUCGAAUGUUAGUGCAUUAGCCAGCACCCUUCGUACCCACUACCAGAAGCUUCUGCUACCUCUAGAGUGCAAGGAGAAAGGUAAAGACCUGACUGAGGAGACAAACAAAGUGGACUCGUUGCGCCGGACUCGGGCCACACAGAGACACGCGGCAGCCCAAGCAGCAGCGACUCGCAGCAGUUCGUCUCCUCGUCGUGUGGGCUCACCGGAGACCACGUCGGACAAUGCUCGCUCGUCCACGACCACAACUGCUACUGCAACUACUGCAGCUGAUACUAAUGUGACAACAACGCCCGGUGCUGCCGCCUCCACCACUGCUUCAUCCAAUGUGAAAUCUACGCAACAACAGCAGCAACAACGACACCCUGAAAGUGAUCAGGCUGAUGGGCCUGGCAAGCUAAACCCAACCAGCUCUGACUCUUCUCACGCCAAUACCACAGCUCCUGCUACUGCUGCCCCAGCCACCACGACUACCGUUUCUAGUGGUGGUGGCCUGGGUGCUGGGUCUGCUAUGAUGCCUGGUUUCAGCACUGCACAGCCCACCCCUGCUGGUGUUACGCAGCCUGCUUGGCCCAAUCAACCAGCAAUGAUGCAACCGCCUUCAUUUCCACCUCAACAAUUUCCGCACGACCCGAUGCGGUCUUCUUUGGGGUUGCCUAAUUCUGAUCCCAUGAUGUCCUUGUCUGGCGGUGUUGGUGCUCCAGGGAUGUUUCCUGAUCCGUCCACACCGAUGGAUGGCGGUAUGGGCUUGAAUCAUCCUCGACCUGGUAUGCCUGCCUCUGCACCUAUGGCCGAUCCCCUUGCAGAGCGAAACAUGCUCCAGUACAAACAACAAGUGCAGCAGUGGAAACAGCAGCAACAGCAGCAGCAAUUACUGUUGCAGCGGCAGCAGAUGAUGGCAGAAGCUGCGGCAAAGACACCAUCCUCUCUCCCCAGUAUCCCAUCAGCGAUGAACAACACGGGGACACCGCAGUCGCCACGCAUUUCUGGCACCCUAGCCAGUGACCCAGCCAAUCCUGCUGCAACUCCGGAAAGUCCGGCCGCGGUCUUUGGAUCGUCUCGUUCCCAUGGCUCAAUAUGCCAAACACCGACUACAGCUAUGCUGCAAUCUAACAAUGUGUUUUCUCGGCUUCUGUCCGGCACCAGUGUCGACGGUGGUCUGGCGAAUGUUGUACCACGGCCACUUUCUGCCAGAGCAGCAGCGGUGGCGGCUGCUGCAAGGAAGUCCUCAACAUCUGAGGCGGCCGAUUCCAGCACGAAUGUGUCCACUGUGGAGCAUGCCGCUCCAAAGUCGGUCAAGCGAAAACAUCUCUAUGCCAGUCACCUCGCCCAACUCCUAGGUACCGGUACUUUGCCAAAUCUGUGGAGGUUGCAUAUGUGUCUGAAAGCUGGCCUGGUUGCUGAGUCAUCUCAAGCCAUGGACAUUUUGUCAAUCAUUGUAGGCGAUGAGCACACUCUGGUUCUCUUCCAGCUCUCGCAGCAGCCCACUGUUCUGGAGACGAUUCUUUCACAUCUGGCAACCAGCCUGCAUGCUGUGUUUGGUGGCUUCAACGACAUCUCUGCCAUAUGUGAUGGUGAUGCACAGCGCCGCUUCUUUCCCGAGGAUCCUUCGAACAAGGAGUUGCAAAGAAUACGCGACGAAGAGUACGACGUUAUUCAACUUCAAGCAACAGCGCCGGUGGAAGACGACCCUUGUGCCAUGGACUGGACACAGGCCCAGGCAGACGCUGACGCCGAAGAAGAGUUGGCGUGUCUUGCAAACGAGCUUCCCGAUGGUCUGCGCCACAUCCUCUAUCCUCUUGACUUCACUGCAUCAUCUCCUCUGCCUGCACCAGCGAAACAGACUGCGGAGGCUAUGGACGUAGAGGAGGAAGUGGCAGAUUCUGCAGGUGUUGCCUGUUCCACUGAGGGAGACCCUAGCAGUAACAGUAGCAGCAGCAGCAGCGUAACUGCAUCCAAAGCAUCCAAGUUUUGUCCUGCGUGGCUUCGACACGGCACAACGGUAGAAUCCGAGGCUUGCUCGGUAGCAAGUAGGACGCCCAGUGAUCGACUUUUGGCAUUGCGUGCUAUGUGUUGCAGCAACUUCAUCCGCUCCUUGUCUUUUCUUGCUGCCAACGAACGGCCAAUGAGCAGACACUACGGUCUGAUGACAGUCAUUGCACGUGUAGAAGCACUGUUCCAGACUGAGAAGCUGUCCAGUGAUUCUCGAUCACGCAUCGCAUCAGCCUGGUGGUGGCCGUGGCUGGAGAUAGUACGUGCCGACCUGAUGGUGACCUUAGUCAAUAUCUCUGGCCAAGUUGACCUGUCCUGUCUUCCGACGAAGCUGGUUUCACUGCUUCUACGUGGGUUGUGCCACUGGUGUGUAUCAACAUCGUCCUCUGCGCGGGACCCACUGCCACCAGCAUCUGCCUGUCCUGGCCUCUCUUUGCAACGGUUGGCUUUGGAAGCACUCAGCAAGAUCAGCAUUGGCCUGGGAAAUGUGGAGUGUAUGAUGGCAGCCCUGGAUGAAGACAACUGGCACUGUCUGUGUGGACGCCUGGUGCAGUGGCUGUUGGAGAAGCGGCAUAGUGUGCAGUAUGAGUUGUCGCUCGUUCUCCUCUGUAGCCUGGCGUGCAAUGACGCUGUGAGUCGACACAUUUGCCAGCAGCAUCAUUGCGUGGUGACAUUGAUGAUGGCACUGCUAUCGGAGACGGAGCAUUACCUUUGCACAAUGUCACGCGGCGUAGCAACUGACAGCCACACCGUUGCCAGCCCGGAUCUUUUGCGACGCGCAGCGACACUGCUUCUAAUCUUGUCGCGGCAGCGCUGCAAUCGGCAACACUUUGCUCACCACCAGUCACACCUGCUCAUACUGGCGGCCUCUCCCUAUUUCUACCCUGUCAUACCAGCCAUACUAGUGGACCUGCUAUUUCAAAUAGGCCUGGAAUAAGAUAACAAGCGAACUCACGGCUUAUUCCUGUGUGACUGGGUCCAUUCAAUGGCCUUUUUAUCAGAUUUGUCUCCCCAUUGUUGACGCCCAUUGUUACUGUAAACGUGUGCGUGCGUGUUUCCUGCUCUUUGUAUAUAGCUAUAGAGAGGUUGACUGUAUUUUCUUGAUCUGCAAGCCAGUAGAGUGCAGCUUUGCGGCUGUAUGUUUUGUGUUGUCUACGAGGGGACUGUUUCUCUACUCCUCACGUCUAGGCGAGGCAGGCUAGCUAUAGCUGUUCGAAUCGAUAAUGGUCGAUGGUCUCGCCUGUCGUUCUAGCUCCUGCUACCAAUCUCAGCAGCAGCAUCUUCACUGCCAUUGCCAUUAUCUUCUCCAUCAUCAUCAUCAUCACCAUCGUCGUUGUCAUCAUCAUUGUCAUGAUUGCUGUCAUCGUUCUCCUUGCUGUUGCUGCUUUUGUCGUUAGGAAGGCACAGGCUUGCUCGCUGUAUGUGCUCAGUUUUUAUCGCUUUGUCUUUUUCACACGUUUCACGAAAUGCUGUUAUAUCAUGGAAUCACAUUGUUUUAAACUCAUCAUCCUCGCCGCAUUCAUAACAACAAUAAAGGAAAGCCUGGAUUGAAUCACAUGCUCGCACUCUCCCACAUUCGGAAAAAUAGCUCUCUCGCUGUCUCAUACAUGCCCACGAAACUUCUUCUCUCUUUUUUUUGCUUUCCUAGCAUAAGACAGACUGUAUAUUUUCAUUGAAUGCUCUUGUUAUUGCUAAUGUCCAUGUGGUUUUCCCUUGCCUGUUUGUCAGUGGUAAGGAGCGCCCUAGCCCUAGGGCCUGUCUCUUCUUGAUAUCGGUUGAGAUGGUAAUCGAGCAUGCAACAAUUCUCAA